AACUCUCUGGCAACCCGCAGCCUGUUCAGUGUUUCAUAUGACUCGAUUGCCUUGCCGAGGCUUUACCGGAUUGAGCUCCUAGUGUCACCCACGACAAGUACAGUCAACUAACUCAGUAGUCAACUCUACAUACCACAGUCUGUGCUGACUCCAUGGACUCCAGCGCUCCCAGGUCGGCGUCGCGGCCGCGCCCAACCUCACGGCCGACCACGCCGCUGCGUCCCAGCUCGAGAUCUUCGAUUCGCGACUCGCACGCCUACGGUGGCAGCGUCUAUGCAGAGCCCGCCAUCAACGCGUUGGAGCCGCAGUAUGCGGAACUGGCGGACUCCAUGGCCGAUCUGGAAGCCAACUUCAUGCACUUGCAAUUGAUGCACGAGAGCCUGGCGCGCUUCAGCGAGAGCUUUGCCAGUUUCCUGUAUGGCCUGAACAUGAACGCGUUUUGCGUUGACUUUCCUGAGGCCCCGGUUUCCGAAUCCUUCAAACGAGUGCAAGCGAAGGCCCGACAAGAAGCAUUUGAAUCAAGCAAAGCGGGCCAUGAUACCGACGCAACGUUCAUGACUACGGAUACCUCUUUCAUUGAUAACCCACCAACCACAGUCUCGUCCAAAGCUACGCCCAAAUUCACCCCUCCAGCUCGCGGUCGCGGGGCCGGGUCUACUCGUGGAACAACCGGCAGUCGUUAUACUAGAGGAGGCACUGGAAGGGCACGACCGAGUGCGCUACCACGGGGGAGGGGAUAUAAUAGAUAGAGAAGACCAGUGCAGGAGCUGGAUGAGAAGAUCUCGACGUCAUUCGCGCUGCAUUCAGCCACAGAUUUUUGAUACCCUUUGAAUGAAUAUGAAUGCUUUACAAUAAAAAAUCAAUACUUGUACAUAUACUCAUACUCACGCUCAUACUUAUACUGUUC